CGGCAAACCCGGAAGUGUAGUGAGUGCAGUACGUCUUGGCGCGCGUGAGUGAGUUGGAGUUGAUAAACCAGGAUGGGAGUACGUGGUCUGCAGACGUACCUGGAGAGGCACUGUCCUGAAGCCUGUGUGAAGGUGAACCUGUCAGAGUUAGCCAGGCAGUACCACAGACAACAUGGCACCAGGCCGGUCAUGGUGGUGGACGGAUUAGGCUGUCUAAGAAAACUCUACAAUAGAGAUCUUCCAUGGGUCUAUGGAGGGCAGUGGAGAGAAUACUACGAGGAGCUUCGCCAAUUCCUCCAGUCGUUCAGAACUGCUGGCAUUGACCUUGUGUUCAUCUUUGACGGGGUCGUGGAAAAGUCCAAACGUGCAGAAUGGGUGAAACGCAGGCAGCAGUCUGCCAGAGACGUGGUCACAGUUUUCAGUCACAUCAAGAAACAUGGCACCCAGCCUUCAGAUGACCUCUUCCAGAUGCCAGUCAGCUUGGGAAUGCUGACUAGAUUCGCCCUAAAAAGUUUGGGUGCGUACGUAUUGAACACCACUAAAGAAGCAGAUAUAGAAAUAGCUGAAUACUGUAUGAAGUAUCCAUGUUUCGGGAUCCUUGGCCAAGACACUGAUUUUGUCAUCUUCAACACUGUUCCCUUCUAUUCUAGCAACAAUCUGGAUAUAUCUACCUUGACCACUGUACAGUACUCUAGGGAAAGGUUGUGCUAUCGACUGCAGAUUGGCUUAGAAGACUUACCACUGUUCUCGUGUCUUAUGGGGAAUGAUAUAAUCAAGUCCACUGAGUUAGAGUCUUUUAAGAGGAGGCAAGUAGGAGUGCCUGCUAAUGCUAGGUUCCCUCGAGUAGAGGAUGUUGUGAUGGCAGUUUCCAGAUACAUGCAAACAAUCCCACAGGGGACAACAAUACGGGACAUUGCACGAGAUGUGUUUCCCAAUGAACCCGACAAAUGGUUGAGGAUGGAGGAAGGUGCCAGAAUGUACCUGUUACCUGGGGACCCCUUACCUUGGUACAUGUACAUGCAGAAUUGUUCUCCACAUGCACUGCCACCUUUUGGCGCAAAACGGAACUGCAGGCAGAUGAGUGGGGAUGAAGAGAUCACUCUUGAAGUGGAUGUGGAAGAGGUCAGGCCUAGGGUUGACACCAAGGUUCUCCAGUUAGCUCGGGAAAGGCAUCUGAAUUCAGACAACAUUGCACAGAUCUACAACAUCCUCAUCUCGGCUGAGACAGAUAGUAGUGUGGCAAUGGAAGACGAAACUAGCACAGACAUUCCCUCUUCUUCUGUACUGUUUCGUCCAAUUCGACAGAGAAUGUAUGCAGUUCUCUAUGGAAAUGCAGUGAAGGAGUGGUGUCCAUACAGAGGAAACACUUUGACCCAUCCUGAUGUUGUAACUGCUAUACCACUGGACCUACCAGGAGGGACUCCGCCCCUUUCAAUGCUGUGGUUUUCCCCCGUCGGACCACAGGCCCAACACCUCCGUCUGCAGACCUUCUUUGCCUGUAUGGACUGUGUUAGUCUACUGGAAUGUGUAAAACCUGAACCACACUACAUCAUCCUGUGUUUGGUACUCCACUACAUGGUGAAACACAUGUUAACAUUACAGGAAUGGGAGGUGGACGCCUUCCUGGCUCAAGCUGUGGUACCCUUUGCCCAAGAUGUUGAAAGGCUGCAAGGAUUAAAGGUACCGAGAGUUGCACCCCGCCCAGUCCAUCUUGCUGCAGUGUUCCUCAAGGGUGUAAGCUACUCCCUAUUCGCUGACUGUGCCUGUGGCUGGCCAAUCACGGUGCAGGAUGGUGUGCCCUGGAACUACUUUGAUGGAAAGCUGUUCAACUACAAGUAUCUGAUGGCAGAGGGUGGGGCAGAUGUCAGAGCUCUAUGUGAUCAUGAUGAGAGAGCUCUACAGUUGUUCUGGACUCUGAAAGAGUGUGUAACAGUUGGCACCAGGCUAGACCAGAAGGGAAGACAGAUGUGCUUUCCACAUUAAAAAGCUCAGGUGAUCACUACUAGAGACAAAGAAUCCUGAGCUCCUGUUAGGACUUCUCUGUUUGUAAUCAGUCUCCUUUCUUAGAGGUGAACGGUAACUAAGUCUGCAAUCAGGAUUCCAUAGAGACAGUAAAUGAUGCCCUUGCAUGGCUUUGGGCAAAGAAAAACUCCAUAAUUUGGCAAAGAAAAACUCCAUAAUUGGGCACCGAGGGUAGCUCUUCCUAGACUUUUCCAUCGAACUUGUUUUAAGUUGUUCUCAAAAGUUUUCCAACUCAUCCGUCAAGAAGGAGAAACUCCCAAGUGUAUAUCAUUGUAGCAGUACAAGAUGAAGUGCACAUCAGUCAUACAAGAAGCUGCACUGGAAACUUUCCAAAAGAAUGCCUCACUUGCAUUCUUUUAAGUACAUUUUAAGAUAUACAAAUGUACCAGUUUUCAACUAUGUACAGAAAAACUGUGGCAGUAAGUGAAGUAAAGUAAUGCACCAUACAUGUACAUAUGUUCUUUUUAAU